AUGAAGGCAGAAGCAUGGGUUCUUGAAAUGGAGAAGUUAUUCGAGGUUUUUCCCAGCAUUGACACUCAGAAGGUGUCAUUAGCAGCAUUCACAUUGGAAGACGAGGCUCGUAGAUGGUGGAUGAUGAUUCGAAAAGGUAACCCAGACUUGACUUGGGCCAGAUUUUCGGAGCUGUUCUAUGACAACCAUUUUCCACGCAGUGUCCGAGAUCGCAAGACCACAGAAUUUCAGAUGUUGGCACAGGGUAGCAAAACAGUGGCAGAGUAUGAUCAUAAAGCCAUCCUUGCAGAAGCUAACCUGAACAGAAGUCAAAGUUCGGGGAAGAAUCAGAGGAAGAGGCAGACCUACGACAAUCGCGAAGAAGUGGCAGACCCGAAUGAUGCCGAGGAGAAGACAGAGGAGGAUAGUCCCAACAGCGCGAAUCAGGAAGGUGGCACCAGGCCGACAUGUGGGAGUUGUGGGAAGCUACAUUUUGGGGUUUGUCUUCGGGCAACUGGAGCUUGUUUCGGAUGCGGCGAGAGAGGUCAUCGCAUUAAAGAUUGUCCCAAGGUAAAAGCUAGAGAUGAUCAGAAGAGAUGA